AUGAUAGCAAAAUUCCAACGUAUGCAUAAUCGAAAUAUUGGUAAUAUUAUUGAUGGCGAUAAACAGUAUGAUACACGAACUGUUUAUCCAACUUUACCAUCAAAUUACGCCUAUUCACCUCAGAUGAGACGAGACCAAAUGUAUUACCUAGAUCAACGUGAUCCACGAGUUUAUGAUACGAUGUAUAGGCAACAGCAGCAGCAACAACAACAACAACAACAACAACAGCAACAA